AUCUUUCGAACUGUAUCUGUAUUUGUGAGUCGUGUGAAAUUCGUUUAAAGAUUAGAAAAACAAAUUCGAAAACAGCACACCAUUCUUUUACGAUCUCGAGUAAAAGCGGAGAUUCACUGAAGAAAUUCCUUGAAAGAAAUAGAACAUUCCACAAUGGCAAACCAAUGGGGGCAAAAGGCAGAAGAGUUGGAAAUCUCCAACAAAGUUGCAGGACUGGGUUUGAAAAAAUCACACAACCAGACAACAGAUUCAGACGAAUCUCCUGAUACUGCAAAUCCGGCUGAAGCUUCAUUGUUGAUGAAAAUUAUACGGCAAGGUUUAGUGGAAUCAAAGUUAGAUAUUGAAGUCCAAAGGAAGGACCCAAAUUCUCCUCUUUAUUCUGUAAAAACAUUUGAAGCAUUACAUUUGAAGGCCAACCUGUUGAAAGGAGUGUAUGACAUGGGUUUUAAUGCACCUUCCAAGAUUCAAGAAACUGCAUUACCUACUUUAUUAGCUGAUCCUCCACAAAAUAUGAUAGCUCAAUCACAAUCUGGAACUGGUAAAACUGCUGCAUUUGUUUUAGCAAUGUUAAGCAGGGUGGAUCCAACAAAAAAUUAUCCACAAGUCUUGUGCCUAAGCCCCACAUAUGAACUUGCAAUUCAAACAGGAGAAGUAGCUGCAAAAAUGGCAAAAUUUUGUCCAGAGAUAAAACUGAAAUAUGCUGUUAGAGGAGAAGAGGUACCUCGUGGUUCAAAGAUAACAGAUCAUAUAAUAAUUGGAACCCCAGGAAAGAUGCUUGACUGGGGUGUCAAAUUUGGUAUGUUUGAUUUGAGCAAAAUCAAAGUUUUUGUUCUUGAUGAGGCAGACGUAAUGAUAGACCGACAGGGACAUCAAGAUCAAUGUAUACGUAUUCACAAGUGUUUACCUUCAACUUGCCAAAUGAUGUUUUUCUCUGCCACAUAUGAUAGUGCAGUGAUGGAAUUCGCAGAAAUUAUUGUUCCCAACCCAAUCAUCAUAAGAUUGCUUCGUGAAGAGGAGUCUUUAGAUAACAUUAAGCAAUAUUAUGUUCAGUGUAAAAAUGCUGAAGAAAAAUACAGAGCUAUAUGUAAUAUUUAUGGAGUUAUUACGAUUGGCCAAGCCAUUAUUUUCUGUCAUACUAGAAAGACUGCAAGUUGGUUAUCUGAGAAAAUGUCUAAAGAUGGUCACUCAGUAGCUGUGUUGUCAGGUGAAUUGACUGUAGAACAGAGAAUAGCUGUGCUAGAUCGUUUUAGAGCUGGCCUUGAAAAAGUUUUGAUUACUACAAAUGUAUUAUCUCGAGGUAUUGAUGUGGAACAAGUUACUCUUGUUGUCAACUUUGAUAUGCCAAUGGAUAUGAACAAGAAGGCAGAUUGUGAGACAUAUUUACAUAGGAUUGGUCGUACUGGAAGAUUUGGUAAAGCUGGGAUUGCUAUUAAUUUAAUUGAUUCUCCACAAGCUAUGGAAAUAUGCAAAGAUAUAGAAAAUCAUUUUGGUAAAAAAAUACAUCUGCUUGAUAUUGAAGAUGCUGAAGAAAUAGAAAAGAUUGGUGCUUAACUAUUUUUUAUUUCACUUGCUUUGUCUUCUAAUACAAGUCAACACAGAGGGUUGAGUUAAAAAAAAAUACAAUGUUACUUAUU